UCGAAAUAAAAAUGAAUGACCUAUUCCCCCAAUGAAAAUAAAAAAAUUUCUGGGUAUGCUCAAAACCUUAAAAAUGGCAGUUGUGUUCUGGACCUCUCCAAGUGUCUUUUCAUUCAGGGAAAACUGUUGUUUGCCGAGCCCAAGGAUGCGGGCUUUCCAUUUAGCCAGGAUAUCAAUAGCCAUUUGGCCAGCCUCUCAAUGGCUAGAAACACGAGCCCCACUCCAGACCCCACUGUUAGAGAGGCUUUGUGUGCCCCGGAUAACUUAAAUGCGAGUAUUGAAAGUCAGGGCCAGAUUAAGAUGUACAUCAAUGAAGUGUGUCGGGAGACUGUGUCACGUUGCUGCAACUCAUUUCUGCAGCAGGCCGGAUUAAAUUUGUUAAUAAGCAUGACAGUUAUUAAUAACAUGCUUGCCAAGUCCGUUUCAGACUUGAAGUUUCCUUUGAUAUCAGAGGGAAGUGGAUGUGCUAAGGUUCAGGUUUUGAAACCGCUGAUGGGUUUGUCUGAAAAGCCAGUCUUGGCGGGGGAGUUAGUCGGUGCCCAGAUGCUCUUCUCAUUCAUGUCCCUCUUUAUCAGAAAUGGAAACAGAGAGAUUCUCCUGGAAACCCCUGCCCCAUAAACGGCCCUCUCGAACACAAUGGGACGGAAUCCACCCACAACGCGCUUGGUUUGCAGAUGUCAAAGAAUCUGCAGAGGGUGCUACUGAAGAUCCAGCCUUAGCCAAUCACCACCUCAUUGGGUGAAAGUUCCAGGGCUCAAUCCAGGACCACACUCUUAUUGGCCAGGCAGGGGCUCCCACAGAGCUUUGAGUAAAUUCUUGGUUGUGCAGUCUGCAGGCAAUGUUGGCAUUGUAAAUUCCUCCCUUGCAGCCUCCUUCAUGUGGUGAGGGGAUCACUUCAGCUGCCUGCUGUGGACAAAGAACAUCAAAUUACAGCAUCACGAGUGCUAUUGUUGCCUGUGGUGGUCUCCCUGUCCAAGCGGGACCGCUUUGCAGAGACCAGACGCAUAUCGCGGCUUGAGCUGAAAAUGCAUUUGUUGCAGCUUAGGUUGAAUUAUUUUUCGUUUGCUCUUUCUUCUACACGCGCCUGAUGGAUAGUGAACCUAUUCAUCAAAAAAGUGCACUGCUCUUCUGUCUAUUGUACCGACUUAACCUCUUCCACCCAAGUCCGCAUCUGUGUGUAUCAUCAAUAAAGUUGUGUGCUUUGAUUGGCAGAAAAGA